AUGGCUUCCAACCCCCCCGGACAAUGCUGCACCGUCGGCGUCAAGCAUGAGGGAACUCCUCAGGGCAAGAAGAUCACAGUCGCCGGCAAGUAUGAGGGCUACCUCGCUGAGGCUCCCGCCGACAAGGCGCACAAGAACACCGGUAUCCUCUUCGUCGCAGAUGUCUUCGGCAUCUGGAACAACAGCCAGCUCCUGGCUGACCAGUUCGCCGCCAACGGCUACACCACCUUGAUCGUUGAUCUCUUCAAUGGCGAUCAAUUGAAUCUCCCCCUCCCCGAGGGCUUCGAUAUUAUGAAGUGGUUUGCCGAGGGUAGCGACGGCCAGAACCCCCACACCAAGGAGGUCGUUGACCCCAUCAUUGUCGACUCCAUCAAGUACUUCCAGCAAGAGCACAACAUCACGAAGCUCGGUGCCGUCGGCUACUGCUUCGGUGCCAAGUACGUCAUCCGCCACUACCAGGACGGCAUCAAGGUCGGCUUCGUCGCUCACCCCAGCUUUGUCGAGGAGGAUGAGCUCGCUGCCAUCCCCGGUCCUCUCUCCAUCGCCGCCGCCGAGACCGACAGCAUCUUCCCUACCGAGAAGCGCCACAAGUCCGAGGAAAUUCUGCAGAAGACGGGCCAGCCGUAUCAGAUCAACCUUUACUCUGGUGUCGUUCACGGCUUCGCUGUCCGCUGCGACACCAGCAAGAAGGUUGAGAAGUAUGCCAAGGAGCAGGCCUUCUACCAGGCAAUCGCCUGGUUUGAUGAGCACCUUUUGUGA